GGGCUCGAGAGGGAGCAGGCGCUUACCCGGCAAGCACGUGGAAGGACGUGUUUCCGGGCCGGACGCCUUUCAGGGAAGCGUGCUCGGAAGCCGGGAUUCAGGGCAAUGUGGGUUAAGUGACUUGACCAGGGUCACACAGCUAAAGAAUAACCAUGUUCACCUCUCGGGUUUAUACCUUAGUUUUAGUGAUGAAGCCUCAGCAAAUUCUUUUAGGAAUGAAGAAACGUGGCUUUGGAGCUGGAAGGUGGAACGGAUUUGGGGGGAAAGUAGAAGAAGGAGAGACUAUUGAGGAAGGAGCCAGGAGGGAGCUCCUGGAGGAGAGUGGACUGACUGUGGACACUCUGCAGAAGAUAGGAAAAAUCACAUUUGAAUUUGUAGGUAACACUGAGCUCAUGGAUGUUCACAUCUUUUAUGCAGAUAGUUUCCACGGGACUCCAAAAGAAAGUGAUGAGAUGCGCCCCCAGUGGUUCCGGUUGGAGCAGGUUCCUUUCAGUGACAUGUGGCCAGAUGACAGCUACUGGUUUCCACUAAUGCUCCAAAAGAAGAAAUUCCAUGGAUAUUUCAAGUUCCAGGGACAAGAUACCAUCCUAGACUACACAUUGAAUGAAGUGGAAAUUGUCUGAAAAGAGAGAGAAACCAGUGCCUUUAAAACAUGAUGUACUGGAGCCCAUAUAAGCCAGGGAAGCUGGUUGUUGUACAUACAGCCUCAUUUCAGCUCUGUGUAAUUUAGGCAGGGGUUCUACUGUCUUUAGUUUCUAAGACAAUUGAAUGCUCAAUAUUUGUUUGGGGAGCAAGAGGAAGAUAUAAGACCAGAAAUUUCCUUGGAAUUGUACAUAUGUCACAUAAUGAGGACCCUACCCCCCACACCUCACCUUCAUAUGGACCAGGAGUCACAAGGGCAAUUUUGGUUCUAAGGAAGAAGGGACAGGUGUGGGGCUGCUUCACGGUGCAGCACUUGUCAGUGUAGUGUGCUAUUAGCCCACACUAGGGGGCAACAGCCACUACAGAAAAGUGGGAUGUUUCCAUAUUUUCUGGAACUGUAAGUCUUUUCCUGCUGAAGAUUCUGACAGAUGAUGGAAAAUAAUGACAUGCCUUGCGAUUUGCAAAAUGCUGACUAGAUUCUUACUGACCUUGCUAAAUUGAGAGGCUACUUUAAAACUGUCCCUUUGAAUUCAUACACUGAGCUGGUCAGAACCUCUCGUUCUUUAAGGAGAAAAGAACCACCUGCUUCUUUAACAUGAUGGUCUUCCCGCAUCUGAUUCCAGUAACAUCUUACCAGAUUAUAAAAGUAAUAAUAAUACAAGCUCAUAUUUACAAAGCUUUUUUAUAUUUUAAAAAUCAUUUUUCACAAACAUCUUAUUUGAACUAGAAAAAUCACCCUGUGAUGUGCCCCUACUUUACAUGAGGAAUCUGAGGCUCUAGAGAUUGAAUGACUGGCCUGAGGUCAUAGGGCUGAUAGGUGGUAGAACCAUCACUAAGAACUUGGGUCUGCAUCUUAACCUGGUGCUCUUUCCAAUGCACCGCCACUGCUUCAACACAAUUCUACAGAAGGUGGAUAAGCAGAGAAAGUCAACCACACACAGUAACUUAAGCUUUUUACACACCUCUUACAAGUACAUUUAAUAACAUUUGUUUGUGUAUAUAUAGAUAUAUCUAUAUACAUAUAUGUUUUAUUGAUAAAAAUUUUGGAGUGUAAUCAUUUGUAAACAUUUUCCAGUUCAUCAGCUGUAGUAAUAACUAAUUCCUGCAAUUUGAUAAAGUGCUUCAUACAUAAAACUAGUACAGCAAAGCAAAAGAAAUGGUCAAUCAGCUAGCACAACCAGGAAAAAGUCUUCAUUUCUCUCAAACCAACUUCCCACCCAGUCCUCACAUUAGGCUUCCUAAGACAUGUCCAUCUCUUCCAUAAGCACCUCUCUGAAAUAGUGUUAAAGAGUUUUCCCCUGAUCUAUUCCUGUUAUUCUACAGGUAAAGUUGGUUUCCCACUCAUUCUAUCUCCCUGGGAUCACCCCCCAAAACUGAGGAGAUAACCAUUAGGAUGUGCAGUACCAACAGAUGCAU